AUGAAAUUCAUCAUUUUAUUGGCGAUUUUGGUGGUUUCAGCGAGUUGCGCCUAUCCACCAAACAGGCAACAAUGCUUCAAUGGUCAAGUUCAAAUUCGGAAUUCGAAUAGUUAUUGGGAAUGUUUGAAUAGUCAAUGGACUAUUGUAACUUGUCCAUCUGGAAGUAGAUUGGAUCAAAAUGUGAGUUCACUAGAAACAUUCUCAUGUUUUUUGAGUAAGUGAGUUGAAAUAUUGGGUUUUAAGGUCAUUCCACUGGUCCUGGGAGUUUGACCAAAAAUUGGUCAAUUUUUGGUCAAAAAAAUUUUGAACAAAAAUUGACCAAAAAUGCACCAAAAAAUUUUCACCAUUUUUUGGUCAAUUUUUCAACUUUUUCCCACCAAUUUUUCACCAUUUUUUGAUCAUUUUUCCCAACUUUUUUCAAAUCAAAAACACAUUUUUUUCACAAAAAUUUAUUGAAAAGAACAAAAAGAAACAAAAAAAUGGUUCUAACUGUUAGGAAUCUGCUUAUAUUAUGAACUUUAAUUUUCAUUGAAAAACAUUUUUAGCUAAUUAGAGAAAAGAGUUGGAGGCUUGUGCUCGGAAGAAUGUAAAUUUUGCCCUAAGAAAGUCAAUUUUAGAGCAAUCGCAGACUCCUAACAGUUUGUGAACCUUACAAACAAUAAAAAUUGCAUCAGUUUCGACUAAUACUUCUGCUUUCUCUGCACCAGCAGAAAGAGCAGUGUCAACUUGUUCCUUGAUUUGCUCACGUCCUUUUUCUGACAAUUUAUCCGGAUUACCAUAUUGUUCCUCGUCGAUUGAAUCGUUGUUGGCAUCACCUUCUUCUACGGUUGGCAAUUAGUCAUGGCAUCUGAGAAAACUUGAUCUUCAAGUUAUCCAAAGGGCUUGUCCAUAGUAGAAGCAAGGUUCAAAUGAUUGUUCGCUGUCGUCUCCGAAGAGUUUACCACUGAAAUGCAUAGAAAUAGAAAAUGUAUGAAAAUUUCAAAACUUACGCAAGUUGAGAAGCCAAACUCAAGAGAUCAGCACCCAUGCUGAAUUCGCUUGUCAACAAAUGACGCUUUCCAGAUGUCAAGUUGUUCUUCAAUUAUGUAGUCCUGGAAAUAAGAACCAACUUUGAUUAAAAUUCUUCAGAAGAAAAAACUGACUUUUCCUCGGCAGUGAGCUCUUUGGUGGCAGCGGUGGAAGUUUCAGCAGUAGUUGGACUCGAGUUGCUUCUUCAGUAGUGGUGGUCUUGACAUUUUCAACUGGAACAGUGGUUUCUCCGGUCAUUGUGUUGGUAGUCUCAGCAAGAGCAGUAGUCAUUCUUUCUUGGUUAGUAGUUUCUAAAAACAGCAGAAAUAUCAAUAUUGCGAAAUAAGAUCGAUAAGAAUCGAAUUUUAAAACCCCGACGGCCGUCUACCGGCUGUUGAGACACUUCUGAUUGUAACAUAGAAACUCAUGCAAAUGUUGCUGAAAACUUGUCAAAUUGAGAAACAGCCCCGUUCUGAUAAAAAAUCUAAAACUCAAAGAAAACCAAUUUUUUGUUUUUGGCCUAAAUUCAAGUUUAAUAUGUGAAUUUCAAAGUUCUGGUAAAACUUGCUGCUAGAUCCUAGUCGGGGAACAAGCUUUAUAUCUUAUUAGCAGUCGUGAACAAUCAAUUUCUCUAUAAGUAGGGCAACACACAAAAAAAACGAAAAAAAAAAGAAAAAUUUGGUGGCGUGCAUUUCGUCCGAGAGAAGUACGCACACACAUUUCGCUGCAGGACCACAUUGCAUAAAUAUGUGCGCCUUUAAUCUAUUGUUUUCGCGCACCAAUUAGUAGUGUUUGGUGAUAAAUAGUUUGCACCAUUCGAUUCAGAAUUUCACGCUGAGUAAAAUGAUAUAAAAAUCAUCUCUAUGUGUGGAAGUUUUUGAGUUCACGUUUUUGGGAAAAAAUGCACGAUUUUUGGAACACUGGUGUUAAAAAAUAAUGGAAAUUAUUGCCCCUGAACCCAAUACUUCUGAUUUCUCUGAGCCCUUGUUCUUGAUAAAUCAAGGAUCGAUCAAUACAACUGAUAGAUUCGAGAUAGGCACCAGGCCUGGUCGGAAUGGACCUUGUCGGAAGGUUCGGAAUGAGCACGCUCGUUCCGAGUGGUCAGAUCGUAAUUCCGAAUUCCGAACCUCCAUUCCGACAUUUUUACCUCGGAAUUUCGGAAUUUUUCGGAAUGAUAUAAAACUUCAAAAAUUUGUCUUCAAAAGUUACAUUUUUCGAGAAUCACAAGAGAAAAAGAGAUUUUUUGAAAAUGACAGGUAAAAUUCAUCAAUUUUUCCUUUUUUUUGUUGAAUUUUUCACUAAUUUCAACUCAAACAUUCCGAAAAAUUCCGAACUUCGGUAGAAAAAUUCCGAAAUUCGGAAGAGAAACACAUUCCGAAAUUCCAAAAAGUUUCGGAAGUAACAUCGGAAUGAUUCCGAUUCCGAGAAAAUAGAUUCCGAUUCCGAGACACGUUUGUCUCAUUCCGAAAAACCUGUCGGUUUCGGAAUUUCGGAAUUCCGACAUUCCGAUUCCGAUCAGGCCCUGAUAGGCACAGGGUGUAAUUUACUACCUCAAUCGCUAGACCUCAAAAUUUUCAUUAAUUUUUGGGUAGAUCAAAAAUCAAUUUUCUCUAAAUCUCUCAUUUUUGCGUUGAAUUUCGUCGAUUUUAGUCCCACCCCUAAGAUCGUGUCAGGUCUCAAAAAAUGCGCGAAUUUUUUCGGGUAGUAAAUUACACUCUGUGAUAGGUCUCUGCUUGGUAAAAAUAGCUCCAAGAUAAGUCAAAACUGAUUUUAGUUGAAGAUUUGGGGCUGAAAUUUGCGCCAAUGGUGAAAUUGGUGUGAGUGGCGCCAAAAUUCACCAAACGAAGUAUUUUACUCCUAUUUAUUGAUUCAUCAGUAGAAAAACAACGAAAUUCAUCAACCUAACUUCACCAAAAGCCGCAAAACGACAUGCCUGCCCAACAACAUUAAGAUUUUCGAAAUUUUUCACAAUUAAAAUUUUCACUGAUUUUUGGCCAAAUUUCGACCAAUUUUUCGGCCAAUUUCUGACCAUAUUUUGGCCAAUAAAUAUUUUUGAUCAAUUUUUGGUCAAAAUUCGACCAAUUUUCGUUUUUGGCCAAAAUUUGGUCAAUUUUUGGUCAACCUCCCAGGACCAGUGUUCAUAGGAUAGAGAGGUCUAGGACAAUUCGAAUGAUAUAAAUUUUUAUGACAUUUUGUUACCCAUAAGUGAUUCAGCGACUCUAAGUCAAUCAACUCGUCUUAUCGACUAAACGUCGCUAAAUCACUUUAGGGUAACGUAAUGUCCAAAGAAUAUGAAGUUUUAUGGCAAUACCUUAGCCAUAAGUGAUUUCGGGACGUUUAGUUGAUCGACUAAAUAUCAAUCAUUCGGUCUGUCUUGGACAUUACGUUACCCUUAGGUGAUUUACCGGCGUUUAGUCGACAAAACGAGUUGAGUUGCUACAGUAAUGUCAUAAAAAUGUAUAUCAUUCGAAUUGUUUUAGACCUCUCUAGCCUAUGAAUAAGCUUAAAACCAAAUAUUUCAACUAACUCCCUCAAAAAAAAAUUAAAAUAAAUCAAUAAAAAUUUCCUAGAUAUUGAAAUGUGUCCCGAUUUAUGCUCCACCUCCACCCCCACAAUAUAUCUGCAUUGCUGGAACAACAAGAGCCGAUAUCUUUGACAAUCGGAAAUUCCAACGUUGUGACAAUGGUGUUAAAUGGGUUGAGAUGGAAUGUCCAGUAAACGCUGUUUAUGAUUCGAAUUCGAUCACAAAUUGUAAAUGGUUGAUAACAACCACUAAGACUUCGACUACAACUACUACAACCACAGCGUCGCCAACGAAUGGAUUCUGCAGUGCUGGAUUAUAUAAACCGAAUAUGAAUGAUUGUAGAACAUAUUAUCAAUGUGAUAAUAGUCAUUGGAGACUUCGACCAUGUGGCGGUGGAACUGGGUGGGAUCAAAUUAAUCUGACUUGCAAUCAUAUUGAAUUGGUUUGCACGAAUGAUUUCAAACCGAAUUAUAAUGUUCAAUCAACAGCUACUACUCAAACAACUAAUAACGGGAAUGGAUUUUAA